CCGGCAGAUGUCCGCCUGAAACGACUGUGGAGUCUCGCAGCGGCGCAGACUUGAGGAGUCACAACUUAACGAUGGCGAGUCUUCCUCAUCCGUCCGCACCUCCCUCUUCUUCCCGGUUCUCUGGACGGAGGCGACCGCUGCUGCUGGACUGAGCUCACGGCCGCGUCGUGUCCCCCUUCCUCCUCCUCCUCCUCACCGCCUCCACAGGACGAGCCGCCAGCCGCCAACUCCUGCGAGGGGCAGCCCGGAUAUAUUCAAGGACAUUUUGACGUUUCCAUAGCUACUUUGGCCUUUUCUGUCGGUUGAGGAAACCCAACGUGCGCUUCUCCGGCGCGAGGAUGUCGCCAGGUUUAGUGAACACGUCCAGGAACGGCGGCUGAAAGCCCGCGGAGAGAGAAACCAAACAUUCCGCGGCUGAUGAUGUUUCUCCUCGCGUCAUCUUUACAUGUCGUACCCGCGCCCCUUCCCCUGCUGACGGGCCACACACACACACACGGCCGGGAGACGGAAACCAGCGGCUGACUUCAGACGUGUUCGUGUCAGGGAUGGCAUCGUUUCCACAGCUCGUCGAUUCGGCUGCUGCCUCGAGCUGAAGAAAAAAAAGACAACCUCUCCCCCCCCCACGGUGCUGGUGAGAGCAGUGACCCGCAGAGAGAGCAGAGAGCAGCCGCUGAACUUUGACUCGGAGCCGGAGUGAGCUGCAGCCGCCGGGGGAAGCUUCAUCGGCGUGCGUCAGGUCCAGGAAUCAUCAAUGUGGACUUCAGCUGGUGGUUUGACGAGUUUCGCAUAGAAGCCGCGGAGUCUCUCCUGUCCACUCUCCCCCUCCCUUACCUCUCUCCCUCUCCCAUCCCUCGUCAGUCUUCUCCCUUAUCCCCCUUUCCCCCUGCUCCACGAUUCACCAUGCUCAUCAAGGAGUACCGCAUCCCCAUGCCCAUGAGUGUGGAGGAGUACCGCAUCGCCCAGCUCUAUAUGAUCCAGAAAAAAAGCCGUGAGGAGAGCUGUGGUGAAGGCAGUGGGGUGGAGAUCCUUGAGAAUAAGCCCUACACAGAUGGACCGGGCGGGACGGGCCAGUACACCCACAAGGUCUACCACAUUGGCAUGCACAUUCCCAGCUGGUUCCGCUCCAUCCUGCCCAAAGCGGCGAUGAGGGUUGAAGAGGAGUCCUGGAACGCCUACCCUUACACCCGCACCAGAUACACUUGUCCCUUCGUUGAGAAGUUUUCCAUCGACAUUGAAACCUACUACAAACCUGACACAGGCAACCAGGCAGACGUCUUUAACAUGUCUGCAGUAGAGAAGAGGCAGAGGACAAUCGACCCAAUUGACAUAGUGACUGACCCCAUCCCCCCUCACGAGUACAAAGCAGAGGAGGACACACGGCUCUACAAGUCCGACAAGACCCAGAGGGGUCCCCUGCAAGACGACUGGAUAGAGGAGUACAACAACAACCCAGGGAAGACCCCCAUCAUGUGUGCCUACAAAUUGUGCAAGGUGGAGUUCCGCUACUGGGGCAUGCAGUCGAAGAUUGAGCGCUUCAUUCAUGAUGUUGGUCUGAGAAAGGUGAUGGUCCGUGCCCACCGGCAGGCCUGGUGCUGGCAGGAUGAGUGGUACGGUCUGACCAUGGAGGACAUCAGGCAGCUUGAGCUGGAAACUCAGCUGACCCUGGCCAGGAAGAUGGCCCAGUUCAGCCAGGCAGAUGAGGCCACCGAGGCCAAUGGAGGCGCUCCGUCUCCAGACAAAGAUCAGGAAGUCAAAGAAGCGAUCAGCUCCAUUGAAGCAGAGGAUGUGGUUGUCAGCUCAGGGGGAGACACUCUGCAGCCACGAGGUGUGCUCACCAAGCAGUGGUCCACCUCCUCACGAUCGUCUCGCUCCUCCAAGAGAGGAGUGAGCCCGUCACGUCACAGCCUCUCGGAGUGGAGGAUGCAGAGCAUAGCGCGAGACUCAGACGACAGCUCGGACGAGGAGUUCUUCGACGCUCAUGAGGAUCUCUCAGACAACGAGGAGGUCUUCCCCAAGGAAAUCGCCAAGUGGAACUCCAACGACCUCAUGGACAAGAUUGAAGCGGCGGACACAGAGGAAACUACUGGUGAGAUGUACAAGGAAAUGACAGUGGAUUAUGAAAGAGGAACCAGCGAGGACAGACUAGAUGAGAUGCGUGGCUCUGUUAGGGGCCAAGCCGAUAGCUCUCCCAUUCCCACCAUCACAGUAACAAGGCACCAGUCAGAGAGCUCGUCCCAGCAGUGCCUGCAGCCUUCCAAGAUCCACGUGCUGAUCUUGGUUCUGCACGGAGGGAACAUCCUGGACACAGGUGGAGGGGACCAGAACAGCAAGCAGGCGGACGUCAACACUAUUAGCACAGCUUUUGACACAGUCAUGCGUGUUCACUACCCUGCUGCGCUGGGACGCAUCGCCAUCCGCUUGGUGCCCUGCCCUGCCAUCUGUGCCGAGGCCUUCUCCCUGGUGUCCAACCUGAGCCCUUAUAGCUACGAUGAGGGAUGUCUGUCCAGCAGCCAGGACCACAUCCCACUGGCAGCGCUGCCCCUGCUGGCCACCUCUGCUCCACAGUACCAGGAGGCCGUGGCCACCGUCAUCGUCAGAGCCAACCAGGUGUACACCGAUUUUCUAAAGUCCCAUGACGGGUCUGCCUUCUCCGGCCAGGUUUGUCUCAUCGGGGACUGUGUGGGAGGAAUCUUGGGAUUCGAUGCUCUGUGCAGCAGCAACCAGACAGUCAAUGAAAGUCAGAACAGCAGCCGCAGGGGCAGCAUCGUCAGUGUCCAGGAUCAGGACCUCCUCUCUCCUGGAAUCAUUGUCAACAGCGGACACGGCUCAUCCUCCCCGACCCUGGAGGGCAGCCGCCACCUCAGUCGCAGCAACAUCGACAUCCCUCGUGCCGGUGCAGGAGACGACACCAAGAGACAACUGCCGCGCAAGAGGAGUGACUCCUCCACAUAUGAAAUGGACACAAUAAAACAGCACCAGGCCUUCCUGUCCAGCCUGCACUCCAGUGUCUUGCGGAGCGAUGCGGUUUCACGCAGGUCAAGCAGCAGCACCAUGCUGGAUGGAGGCUCCCUGGGGAAGUUUGACUUUGAGGUGUCCGACUUUUUCCUCUUUGGCUCGCCACUGGGCUUGGUCCUGGCACUGAGAAAGACCGUCAUUCCUAUGCUGGAUGUGGCCCAGCUGCGACCUGCCUGUCAGCAGGUUUACAACCUGUUCCACCCCGCCGAUCCCUCAGCCUCCCGCCUGGAGCCUCUGCUGGAGAGGAAGUUCCACCUCCUGCCUCCCUUCAACGUGCCCCGUUACCAACGCUUUCCCCUGGGUGAUGGAAACUCUGCCCUCCUGGUGGAGACAGUCCAGAGCAACGCUCAGCUGCUACUUGACAGCGGGCAUCCCCUGUCCCUUCGCUGUCAGGAGACCAUCAGUGAGACCUGCAUCCCUGUGCCUGUGCUAAACUGGCAGGAGGGCUUCCUCAAAGCCACACCCGCCACUAUGGAGUCGGAUGUUGUUCAGUCUCAUGGUGGUGUCUUCAUGGACAGUUCGUACCCCUCAUCCCCCGUAACGGGCCCCCUCUCCCGGGGCCAGCGGAGGGCCAGUGAGGUCAGCAUUGCCAGCCAGGUCUCAGGAAUGGCAGACAGUUACACUGCCACCAACGUAGCCAACACCAAUUCAUACCAAAAUAACCAGUCCAAAAAGUUCAGACUUUUGUCCCAACUCGCCUUAUCGUCACAAAAUAAAUUCUUCCCGAAAAGUCCUCCUAAGUCCCGUAAGAAUGCAGGGGCUGGCCAGGCGGAGGGAUCUCCCGAUGCAGAUCUAGUGGCAGAGCUGGACGCUGAGGCAGACACUAACGAACCUCUUAGUCCUACUGUCCAGUACAACAACUGCCUGUCAGCAGGGCUGGACUGUGCUAUAUCUGAGUUGGUCUUGCUGGACUCCCAGGCUGAAGUGGAGCAAGUUGCCGCACGCUGGUGGGGCACAAAGCGGCUGGACUUUGCCCUGUACUGCCCCGAUGCUCUGACCGCUUUUCCCACAGUGGCUUUACCGCACCUCUUCCACGCAUCUUACUGGGAGUCCACCGAUGUUGUGUCUUUUCUCCUGAGACAAGUCAUGAGGCAUGAAAACUCCAGCAUCCUGGAGCUUGAUGGGAAAGAAGUGUCUGAAUUCACCCCGUCCAAACCUCGAGAGAAGUGGCUCCGCAAGAGGACUCUUGUAAAGAUCAGGAAUGUCACUGCCAACCACCGGGUGAACGAUGCUGUGUUUACUGAGGGCGGUCAGCAGCUCGUGACAGGUCGCUUCAUGUACGGCCCUCUGGACAUGGUCACUUUGGCCGGGGAGAAGGUCGACCUCCACAUUAUGACCCAGCCUCCAUCAGGAGAGUGGGUGUGCUUCAACACAGAGGUGACAAACAGCAGCGGCCGUGUGUCGUUUAUCCUCCCAGAAGACAAGCGACUGGGCGUCGGCGUCUACCCAGUUAAAAUGGUUGUGAGGGGUGACCACACGUUUGCAGACAGCUACCUGACAAUUAUUCCACGCGGCACAGAGUUUGUGGUAUUCAGUAUUGACGGGUCUUUUGCUGCCAGUGUGUCAAUCAUGGGCAGUGACCCCAAAGUGAGGGCAGGAGCUGUGGACGUUGUCAGGCACUGGCAGGAUCUGGGUUAUUUGAUCAUCUAUGUAACGGGACGUCCAGACAUGCAGAAGCAGCGGGUGGUGGCUUGGUUGUCUCAGCACAACUUCCCUCACGGCAUCGUCUCCUUCUGCGAUGGCCUGGUCCAUGACCCACUCAGACACAAGGCCAAUUUCCUCAAGACUUUAACAGAGGCUCACUUGAAGAUUUUCGCCGGCUACGGAUCAACCAAAGACAUCUCAGUCUACACCGCCAUCGGCCUUCCUUCCUCCCAAAUAUACAUCGUCGGCAGACCCUCCAAGAAGAUGCAGUGCCAGUUCAUCACAGAGGGCUAUGCAGCUCACUUGUCCCAGCUGGAAUACAACCACCGUUCUCGGCCAGCCAAGUCCAGCACCGCUCGCAUGGUGCUGCGUAAAGGCAGCUUCGGCUUGGGCGCCAACAGCGACUUCCUGAGGAAGAGGAACCACCUGCUUCGCACCAUCUCCUCCCAGCCGGCUCCCAGCUCCCCGACGGGCAGCAUCCACAACAGGCCGGAGCGCACGCAGAGCCAGUCGGACAGCGAGCGGCUGGAGAGGGAGCGGAUGGAGCGCGCUCACACCCACAGUCAGGGAGCGACCCAGCGCAGCAUGAGCAUCACGGCGAGCUGCUGGGGCCGCAGCAGCAGCACCAAGUUGGAACCAGGAGCUCUCAGCCCAAAAUGAGAUUGGAGAGACAAUGUGAGAGUUCCUUCAGGAGAGUGACUUUAGCUGCAGUGCUGAGGAAGAGACACGUGACAUUAGGAUAAAUGGAAAGAGAGCAAAACAGUUUGCUUGCACCAGACGGGUUAUUACUACAAGCAAAAUCACAGGUGCUACAAACCACUCUUUAUAAAAACUAAUGCCAGUCACACAUGGACAGAAGCUGCGGCUUUAUUUAUUAUAAAACACACACACACAACACAACAGGCAUUUCAAGAAGCAUCUUCCUGAAGAAAGAACGUGCACACAAACAGACAAAGCAGAUGUUGUUGGAAUACAGACUGUUUCUACUGUUUAGUAAAUAUUUAUCGGUCUUAAAUACCAUGUCAGUU